AUGCCUUCCAAACCCGCCGUAAUCAUAGUCAUCGGAUCUCUCAAUGUCGACCUCGUGACGCGCACCCCCCGCGUACCCGUUGGCGGCGAAACGCUGACAAGCGAAUCCUUCAACAUCGGCUGGGGCGGGAAAGGCGCCAACCAAGCCGUAGCAUGCGCACGGCUCUCUCGCACUCACGCACAGGCAUCAUCUUCCCAGGCGUCCGAUGUCGAAGUGCGUAUGGUGGGGGCAAUUGGCGACGACGAGUUCCACGAGGGGUUCCUCAAGGCGCUACGAGAAGACGCGUUGAAGACGGACGGGGUGCAGAUUCUCAAGGGAAAGAAGACAGGUGUAGCUGUUAUUGUGGUUGAGACGGGGACGGGCGAGAAUAGAAUCAUGUUCUGUCCUGGUGCGAAUGGCGAUGUGGAAGUUAGGGAUCUAGUGGAUGCGGAUGCUAGUGUUGCCCUAUUUCAGUUGGAGCUGCCGUUGGAGGUUGUGCUGUAUAAUAUGAAGGUGGCAAGGCGGAAGGGCGUUCAGACGGUCAUUAAUCCUGCGCCGGCUAUCCCGCUACCUAUGGAAGCAUAUGAGGGCCUCGAUCACCUGAUUGUUAAUGAGACUGAAGCGGCGACGCUUUCUGGUAUGGAGAAGCCUACUUCUUGGGACGAGGUAGCUGCUGUCUUCAUUGCGCGAGGGGUGAAGAACGUCAUCAUCACGCUGGGCGGCGAGGGUGUCUACUACAAAACAUCAAAGCAGCAGUCAUCUUCUCAAAAUGGCCAUAUUGUACCAGCCCGCAAGGUCAAGGUCGUGGAUACAACGGCAGCAGGCGACACAUUUGCUGGUGCCUACACCGUGGCCGUUGCACGCUGGAAAAUCAUGUCCCAGGGUGCGGAUUUCGAUCUUGAUGCUGCCAUCGCCCACGCGAACAGAGCUGCGUCUAUGACAGUGCAGAAGGCUGGUGCCCAGUCGAGCAUUCCGUGGGCAAACGAAGUGCCCGAUUCAUGA